UUACGUAAACAAGGGCAACCUUAGUGUAUUUUGCUGUAUCAUCUAUUCCGAUUCGAGUAAUUUGGAUAUUUGGAGAUGGGCGAUUGCAGCGCCGCCGCGGCCGCCGCCGCCGCCACCUCAGCUAAGCUUCCGAUUCCAGGGAAGCGGAACAUCCUCAUCACGAGCGCCUUGCCAUACGUCAACAACAUUCCUCAUCUCGGAAACAUCAUCGGAUGUGUGCUGAGUGCUGAUGUAUUCGCGAGGUACUGCCGGCUGAGAGGGUAUAACGCUAUCUAUAUAUGCGGAACGGAUGAAUACGGAACCGCCACCGAGACUAAGGCACUCGAGGAAGGGUGCUCUCCUAAGGAAAUUUGCGACAAAUAUCAUGCUAUUCAUAAAGAGGUGUAUAAGUGGUUCAAUAUAAGCUUCGACGAGUUUGGGCGCACCUCAAGUCCGCAGCAGACUGAAGUUUGUCAAGACAUUUUUAAGAAGCUAUUGGAUAAUAAUUGGCUUUCAGAAAACACAAUGCAGCAGCUCUACUGCGAUACAUGUGAUAAAUUCUUGGCUGAUCGGCUUGUGGAUGGUAAUUGUCCAACACCUGGUUGUAAUUAUGAUUCUGCGCGUGGAGAUCAGUGUGAGAAGUGCGGAAAGCUUUUAAAUCCCACAGAACUACUUGAACCAAAAUGCAAGUUCUGUCGGAAGACUCCACGCAUACGUGAUACAAACCACCUGUUUCUUGAACUUCCUCUGCUAAAGGAUAAGUUAGAAGAAUAUAUCAGCACCACGUCAGUGUCUGGAGGGUGGAGUCAGAAUGCUAUUCAAACAACAAACGCUUGGCUUAGAGAAGGGCUUAAACCACGAUGCAUCACACGAGAUUUGAAAUGGGGAGUUCCUGUUCCACAUGAGAAUUUUAAGGAAAAGGUGUUUUAUGUAUGGUUUGAUGCACCUAUUGGGUAUGUCUCGAUCACUUCAUGCCACACGAAAGAAUGGGAGAAGUGGUGGAAGAAUCCUGAAGAUGUGGAACUGUACCAAUUUAUGGGCAAGGAUAAUGUGCCUUUUCAUACCGUGAUGUUCCCGUCGACUCUUCUUGGGACAGGUGAAAGCUGGACUUUGAUGAAAACAAUCAGUGUUACAGAGUACUUGAACUAUGAAUCAGGGAAAUUCUCCAAGACUAAGGGUGUAGGAGUGUUCGGAAAUGACGCGAAAGACACAAAUAUUCCUGUGGAGGUUUGGAGAUACUAUUUGCUGACAAAUAGGCCGGAGGUAUCAGACACAUUAUUCACAUGGCCUGAUCUGCAAGCAAAGUUGAACAGUGAGCUGCUGAGCAAUCUAGGAAACUUCAUCAACCGAGUCUUGAGUUUCAUUGCCAAAGACCCAGCUACAGGAUAUGGUUCCAUCAUUCCCGAAGCUGAGUUUGUAGAUUCUCAUCCAUUAACGAAAGCCUUGGGUGAUAAAAUUGGUAACUAUGUUGAACAGUAUGUAGAAGCAAUGGAAAAGGUGAAACUAAAGCAAGGUUUGAAGAUUGCUAUGGCUAUAUCUGGUGAAGGAAAUGCUUAUCUGCAAGAAAGCCAAUUCUGGAAGCUUUACAGGGAGGACCCACCUUCUUGUGCUGUUGUCAUGAAAACUUCAGCUGGAUUAGUAUAUCUUCUCGCAUGCCUCUUGGAACCUUUUAUGCCAUCUUUCUCACUCGAGGUACUUAAGCAGCUGAACUUGCCAGCCGAAACACAAUUUUCACUUUCUGACGACAAAGGUGAGGUCGAAAGAGCUAAAAGACCUUGGGAGAUCCUACCUGCUGGUCAUAAAAUUGGAACUCCAGCACCAUUGUUCAGAGAACUGAAAGAUGAGGAAGUAGCGUUCUAUAGAGAGAAAUUUGCUGGAAGUCAAGCUGAUCGGAAAGUGAAGGCUGAUGCUGCUGCAAAGAAACUGACUGAUAAACUUCAGGAAGUAGAAAUAUCAGAUGGUAAGAAGGCGAAGAAGGAGAAGGCAAAAAAAUCUGCCGAGACAAAGACGAAGGUUUCAGCUCCAGCUGAAGCUGAAAUAUCUAUUAGUCGAUUAGAUAUUCGAGUCGGUCUCAUUACAAAGGCUCAGAAACAUCCAGAUGCUGAUUCUUUAUACGUCGAGGAGAUUGAUGUCGGUGAAGCACAGCCUCGCACAGUUGUCAGUGGCCUCGUCAAGUAUAUACCCCUCGAAGAGAUGCAGAAUCGGAAAGUGUGUGUGCUCUGUAAUCUGAAGCCAGCAGCAAUGAGGGGCAUCAAGUCUCAAGCAAUGGUCCUUGCAGCUUCUAACAACGAUCACACUAAGGUCGAGUUGGUCGAACCUCCACAAGGAGCUGUGGUCGGUGAAAGAGUGACAUUCCAAGGGUUUGAGGGAUUGCCCGACGAUGUUCUGAACCCGAAAAAGAAGGUUUGGGAAACGCUUCAGGUCGAUUUGCUUACUGAUAAGGAGUUAGUGGCGUGCUACAAAGAUUUGCCGUUUACAACCUCAGCUGGUGUCUGUAAGGUUUCGUCGAUUAGUGAAGGCACAAUCAGAUAGAUUUAUUAAAUCUUCUAAUUUUACCCCACUAAUGCUCGAUAUUCUGAAUUGCGCGAAAAAGGAUAGUCUACUGUUGUCAUUUGGAAGGCCGAUUAAACUUUUUUCGUCUAUUUUUUGUUAUAGAAAAGCCUGAUUAAACUUUGUAAUUGUUAGACGGAGAAUUCAACACAGUUGAGAAUUAUGUUGUGUGUGUGUGUGUUGAUGAAUCUUCAUUGUUGGAUUUAAUGUGAAUUUGGAUUGAAUGAUUUGAAAUCAAUCAUAACAAAUCCUAAAUU